GGCACUCGCCGGAGCCGGCCGGGGACGGAGCGUUUCCUGCAGAGCCUGGAGCCGCUUCAGCUCGAUGAAUAUUUGAUGGGAGCUGAAAUCGGCCGCGGAGCUUUGCUGACGGGCUCCACCCUCCGCUGCCCGGGCGCGGGCGGGGUGCCCGGUUAUUUCGGGACUGGGGCCGCGGGCGGAGGGGCCGGGCCGGGCCCGGGCUGGUUUCACGGCCCGAGGUUGGGAUGUGACUCAGAGGGGAGCCGGGUGCGUCUGGAGCAGCAGAAAGAACCAGGCUCCCUGCGGCCCCCGAGACGCGUCGCUCGGCCCGGGGAAGAGCAGAACCGGCGAGCGGAGCCGAACCGCCCCGAGGGACCGGACCCGGGCCGUCGCUAACCCCGCGGAGGGGCUGCCCCAGGCGGGGAGGAAACCCUGUGUUGAGCCGCGCAAGCAUCGAGAUGCAGCCAGCUCUGGGGUGGAACGUGGCCGCAUCACCAAGCUAGAAAGAGCCCCGCUGCCCGUGGGGACUGAUCGCGUCCAUGCAGGCGCCGUGAUGGCGGAGGACCAUGACGGGGACCAAGCUGCUGACGGUGGCGUUGGCGCUGCUGACGCUGCUGGCCCUCAAGGCCUACAUGGACUGGAGCCUGGAGCAGCCCGAGGGCCUGCCCCCCCCUGAGCCCGCCGGGCCCACCCCCCCCGACCCGCUGGCCGAGCCGCUGGGGGACGACCCGGCGGGGCUGCUGCUCCGGCUCAACGCCUCGCUGCAGCGGCUGCGCGGCGCCGUGCCCGAGGCGGACGCCUACUGGAACCGCCAGCAGCACCGGCUCUUCCGGGCGCUGGAGGGGGGCCCGGCCAACGGCACGUGGGGCUGCGGGGACGGGCCGGCCGCGGCGGCCGAGAUCAGGGACUUCGCCUCGUACCCGGAGCAGCACCAGCGUUUCGUGCUCCACGCCGGGUGCCGCCGCUUCCCGCUGCUGGUCAACCAGCCCCGCAAGUGCGCCGGCAACCAGACCUUCCUGCUGCUGGCCAUCAAAUCGGUGCCGGGCAACUUCGCCGCCCGCCAGGCCGUGCGGGAGACCUGGGGCCGGGAGGGAGAGCCCGGCGGGCGGCCGGUGCGCACCGUCUUCCUGAUGGGCGCGGCCCACGGCCCGCACCAGCCCGACCUACGGCACCUGGUGGCCUCCGAGAGCCGGGCCUACGGCGACGUCCUGGUGUGGGACUUCGAGGACACGUUCUUCAACCUGACCCUCAAGGACGUCCUGUUCCUGGGCUGGGCGCGGGCGCACUGCCCCGCCGCCCGCUUCGUGCUCAAGGGCGACGACGACGUCUUCAUCAACACGCCGCGGGUGCUGGCGUUCCUGGGGGCGCUGCCCGGGCGCCGGGCCCGGGCGCUCUACACGGGGCAGGUCAUGGCCGACGCCGCCCCCUUCCGCCAGGCCAGCAGCAAGUACUACAUCCCCGAGUCCUUCUACGCCGGCCCCUACCCGGCCUACGCCGGCGGGGGUGGCUACAUCUUCUCGGGCCGCCUGGCCCCAGCCCUCUUCCUGGUGGCCCAGCACGUGGCCCUGUACCCCAUCGACGACGUCUACGCCGGGCUGUGCUUCCAGGCGCUGGGGGUGCGGGCCGAGGCCCACCCCGAGUUCCAGACCUUCGACAUCGCCGAGAAGGACCGGGCCGACCCCUGCGCGCACCGUGAGCUGCUGCUGGUGCAUCGCCGCAGCCCCCAGCAGACCGUGCGACUGUGGCGGCAGCUGCGGGACCCCCAGCUGAAAUGCUGACGGGGGGGGCUCCGGCAGGGCAGGAGAACGGAAACGGGGGCUCGGCUCUGUGCCGCCAGAACCGCCACUUCCCUCCCGCUGCGUGUCCCCAGCCCCCCCGCUCCGAGCCGGGCGCAGGGCCAUGGACGCGGGCGGGACCCGUGUGUGCCCGGGGCGGGGGGCACUGCUGUGUCGUUCCCGGAGGGGCCAUUAAAGAGUGUCU